AAACUAUAGUUUUUGUAUAUAUAGUAUAUUAUACUAUCUUUUCAAAAUAAAUUACCAUCGUCAUAGGAAACAAAAAGUUAGGUUUAGGUAAAGACCAUUGUUUGGGUUAAAAUAACUCCGGAAGUGUCGUUACUGAAGCACGCCAGUGACCUGAUAAGUAAAUCAACAUUGCCUUCUAUUUUCACAUGGGGAAUAUAUAGGGGUGCGCUGGCUGAAGGAUCGCUGUUUGUUGGACCCAUCCCUUAAUUACCCCCCCCCCCCAAUCCGUGUGAGCUUUUGAGGUCUUUAUACUUCCUACUUACGUCAUACUACCUUCAACUUCAAUUUAACUCAAUUUGUUGCAACUGCUGGGGAAAUUAUCUAAAUGUAUGCUUCACUCUCUACUUCCACAGAUGACGACACCAGCUUCCAAGAAAAAAUUUGACUUACGAAAAAUAGCUGCUAUCUGCCUCAUCGGCUCUAUUCUGGCAUUCUGUCUGUAUUUUAAGCCUCCAUCUCCUGUUUGCCCCUCUACAUUAGCUCAUGAGGAAUAUCUUCAAGAAGUGGAUCCAAAUGAAAAGCCCAUAGUCCUGCUGUGGUUCUGGCCUCUCGGUAUGAAGUUUGAUUUCAAAGCCUGCUUUACUUACUUCAACAUUGAUAGCUGUGUUCUGACAGCUAAUAGAUCGCUCUACAACGAAGCACAGGGAGUAAUCUUCCUCCACAGAGACAUCGACUUCCAUUUACAAAACAUGCCGCGGGAGCCACGUCCAGCUUUUCAGAAGUGGAUUUGGUUACAUUUUGAAUCGCCGACGAACACAGUAAAGAUACCGGGUCUUGAGCACCUGUUCAACUUAACGAUGACCUACAGAAGAGACUCUGACAUCACCGUGAGGUAUGACCUCACGAUCAGAAAGACAGAAAUUAAAGAUGACUUUGUUCUGCCCAAGAAAGACAAACUAGUGUGCUGGAUCGUCAGUAACCAAGUCCAGGCAACUGGAACAGCUGUGAGAGAACGAUAUUACCAUGAACUGUCCAAACACAUCAAGAUCCACAUGUUUGGUAGAGCCUAUGGAGGGCACGCUUUGAGUUAUGAGGACUAUUACUCAACCCUUGCUAGCUGUAAGUUUUACCUCUCAUUCGAGAACUCGAUCCACAGAGACUACUUCACAGAGAAGGUUAACGGGCCCCUCGUGGCGGGGGCGGUCCCUGUAGUUUUGGGUCCGCCAAGAGAAAACUACGAGCAGUUCAUUCCCGCCGAAGCCUUCAUCCACAUAAAUGAUUUCCCUGAUGCAAAGUCACUAGCAGACUUUCUACUGAACAUGAAGGAUGAGGCGUAUGCACGUUACUUUGAGUGGAGGAAGUUCUACACAGUUGACCCUCAUUGGCAGUCACUAUUGGUUGAAUUCGUUCGCCCUAUCUGCCUCGCCUGUGACCACAUGUCAAGAGACAAGGGUUUCCAUGUAGUUCAUGACCUCUAUGAGUGGUACUUUACAUAAAAACGUCAAUGAGAACGUCCGAUGAUAGUGGCUCACACAUGCAAACAGAUACUUGAGUAUUCUGCCCACUGUAUUCUGUUUAAAGUUGUCAUCAAUUGGCUGAAAUAAGCCAAUUGAUCCAAUUGAAUUGCACAUUUUGGGAAUUUAUUGUCUCUCUAGUGGACAGUUAGCUUUGCUUAAAUACUGGAAAAAGGGAGAACCAGCUAGCCUGUCUACAAAUAAUAAUAUCACAGCACAUAAUCCUGUUUUUACACUUGCUACAGGCUAAAUAAACAAGAUAUAACAUGUUAAUUGGUGAGCUUUAGAGGUGCUGGUAGGCUGAUUUUGUUAAUGUUAUUAAUGUAUCAAUUUUGAUUAUCUCCUUUAAACUCUUAGUUUCUCAACCACGUCAUGUAAUCAUCGAUGCAAGCUGACUAAUGAUUAUUUUACAUUUGUUUUACUCUGUAGAUGUAAUAAUUUUAACAUUAUUUUGUACAUAACUUCAUAUAAUCACAAUGAAGUUAUUUAAUGAUUGUAUAUGGGAAUGUCACUAAUUCAGGUAAUUUUACAGUCAACGACAUCUUGGAUCUUUGUACUGAUCAACAUAGUUAUUGUCCAAUAAAGACUUAAUAUAAAGAUCCCAGAGGAAUUUUGAAUGUUUUAACAUACAUUUUUCAAAACGCAUUGCAACAAAAUAUUUAACUUUGAUGAAAAUAAAUU